CGAUCUCACGUCACGUCGAAGCCAGCAGCCUACUUAUCCAAACCAGAAACGCAAAAAGCUUGCUUGUUUUGAUUUCACAUCAAUCGACACGGGCACCGUUCGAUUUGUCGAGGUGGAUUUCUUUCAGCGAACGAAAGUGACAUACUAGCGACACCCACAAUCCCCAGCACCUUUUUCCGAACGCAGGGACGUCAUAGAUGGUUUCAAUGGCAGGAUCCAGCUCGACACCGCGCCGUUUACCGUCGCAUACUCUGGCGCUCAUCUUGGCAUGCGCACUUGUGGCAGUGUUUCCGGCUGCUAUAGAAUCCGCCUCUUUCGGCGACACGGGGCGAGCAACGGCAACCUUUUACGGCAGUGGCGAUGGUGGCAACUGCGGAUACGGCGUGCUUGCCGAAUCCGGCUACGGCCCACUCAUCGCGGCGGGAAGUGCGCCGCUUUACAAGGGCGGUAAAGGCUGCGGCGCCUGCUACAAAGUGCGGUGCGUGGACAGCAAGUGGUGCAAGGACGCGGAAAUCACGGUGCCCAUCACAGACUUCUGCCCGGGCGGCGGCGUGUGCUGCCCCACGUGCACGCACUUCGACCUCAGCCAGCCCGCGUUCGGCAUUAUCGCGGACCCAGUAGCUGGGGUCAUCCCGCUCGCUUACCAAAGGGUGCCCUGCUCGUUCCCCACGUCCAUCACCUUCCGCGUGACCGGCACCAACUACUGGAUGAACGUGCUGCUGCUGCGCGUGGGCGGACCGGGGGAGGUUGCUCUGGUGGAGGUCUCAUCUAAGAACGACCCCAACUGGCGCCCGCUCAUGCACGACUGGGGCACGAAUUGGGUCAGCUACAGUUAUAUCGAGGGGCCGUUGAAGUUUCGGCUUACAUCGGGGAUGGAUGGAGCUGUGAUUACAACGGGGGAGAAUUGCGUUCCGGCGAUUUAUCCUGGUGAUUACACUUGCGGCGCGCAAUUUACUAGUGGUUAUAACAGUUCUGAUACUGGGGGGGAUGGUGGGAGCAACAGCGGCGUGGGCAACAGCACCAACGCAGCUGACAACAAGAGCAACGACAAUGGCAAUAGCGGGAAUGCCAAUAACGGGGGCAACCUAAAUAGUGACAGCAACAAUGGCACGAACAGCAGCAGCAGCAGCAGCGGCAACAACAGCCCGCCAGCAACACCGUCUGCACCAGCCCCGCCUGAAGACCCGUCCUUAGGACGAAGCAGCAUUGCUGGUGGCGGCACUGCCACUGGUAACCCUAAUGGUAACCCCAAUGCUGACGUGCCCUUUACCGCCCCAGCAUCUGUGCCUUCUCCCAGCUUCCCGGGCGGAGGCCGCAAAGUCAAUGCAGGGGGAGGCAGCAGUGGUGGUGGUGGCAGCAGCACGGGCAAUGACGGCAGCACUGGCAGUCAAGGCAGUCACAGCAGCGGCAGCAGCGGCAGCAGUGGCGGCAGCGGCAGCAGUGGCAGCAGCGGCAGUAGCGGCAGCAGCGGCAGCAGCAGCAGCAACGGCAGCAGCGGCAGCAGUGGCAGCAGCGGCAGCAGCGGCAGCAGUGGUGAUGCUACACCAUUCCCCCCCCUCCCCCAGACCACCCCCUCCACCCUCGUCCCUUCCCAAACCUCUGAAGACGUUCCUAUUGGCUCCCAGACCACAGGCGGUGUGACGAUACCGAACGGGAGCUACAGUAUCGCCUCCAGUGGAGCCGCUAGCAGCAGUGCUCAAGUGGGAGCAGGCGGCGCUGUAGCAGGGGCAGGGGCUGCUGGUAACACUGUAACGGUUGGAACAGUGAAACGUGGAAAGAAGGCUGGAGCCGGGCAAGCAAAUAUAGUGGUGAAGACAGGGGGGAGACAUCCUGUAGGGAAGGGCCAUAGGGCUCCGGGUAAAGGGCACCAUGUGAAGAACCAGAACGUCUUGAACCGGUAACAGUGGGGCUGGUAACACUGUAACGGUUGGUGUUGCAAAUUGGGGUAAGGGCUGGUAGUGGAGUGGUGACGACAGGGGGCAGACAGACACCCUUUGGGGAGGACACAUAGGGCUCCGGAUAAGGGGCACCAUGUAAAGAACCAGAUUGUUUUGUCCCGGUAACACGGCUAGGGCCAGCCGCACACAGUGGUGUGUCACACGACCCGGCAACACUUGGCCUGGUUAUAAGUAACACGUGUGGCUGAUAUUGUAGCGUUACGACAUAUUACAGCUCCAUAGGUAUGGUGCCAGGUGGAUCGAUUAUGCCAGUAGAUGUUCAUGGAAGAGGCAGCAACUAGCCGAUAGUAGGUUGCUUGCGUGGCAACCUUGACCCGUGUAGGAUUGUAAGACAUUUAUACCCCAAUGUGUAAGGCAACUAUUGAGGCCCUGCCUCGC